AUGGCGGUGCAGCAGCAGCGCACGGUGGCGCUCUUCCUGGCCGUCGCCCUUGUGGCGGGGCCAGCCGUCUCCUACGCCGCCGAUGCCGGCUACGCCCCCGCUACCCCGGCCCCCGCCACCCCUGCUGCCGGCGGCUACGCCCCCGCUACCCCGGCCCCCGCCACCCCGGCCCCUGCCACCCCGGCCCCCGCCACCUCGGCCCCUGCCACCCCGGCCCCCGCCUCCCCUGCCGGCGGCUACGCCCCCGCCGCCCCUGGGACGCAGCCCAAGGCGACAACCGAGGAGCAGAAUGUGAUGGAGCAGGUGAACAACGCCUUCAAGGCGGCCGUGGCGGCCGCCGCCGUCGUCCCUGGGCCGGACAAGUACAAGAAGUUCACCGACACCUACAUCCCGGACGUGGACAGGGCUAUAGCGGACGUCUUCAAGGGGGCCAACGCCUCAACUUUCACCGCCAAGAUCGGCAUGGCCCAGAAGCUCGCCUACGACUCCGCCGACGGCGCCACCCCUGAGGCCAAGUACGACUCCUUCAUCGCCAUCCUCAGCGAGUCCCUCCGCAUCAUCGCCGGCACCCUCGAGAUCCACGGCGUCAAGCCCGCCACCGAGGAGGUCAAGGGCCCCAUCCCCGCCGCCGAGAUGAAGGCCGUCGACCAGAUCGACACCGCCUUCAGGAUUGCCGCCACCGCCGCCGACGCUGCCCCCGUCAGCGACAAGUUCACCGUCUUCGAGUCCGCCUUCGACAAGGCCAUCAAGGAGACCACUAGCGGCGCAUACGCGGGCUACAAGUUCGUCCCCGCCCUCGAGUCCGCCGUCAAGAAGGCCUACGCCGCUACCGUUGCCGAGGCGCCCGAGGUCAAGUUCACCGUCUUUGAGGCCGCCCUCACCAGGACCAUCGCCGCCAUGUGCGUCGCAGCCAAGGGCGCCGCCAACGCAACCGCCGCUGGAGCAGCAACCGAUGCUGCCGGUGGCUACAAAGCUCCCGCCGCAGAAGCAGCAACCGCCACUCCCACUCCCGCCGCCGAAGCAGCAGCAGCAACCACCACUCCCACUCCCGCCGCCGCUGCCGGUGGCUACAAAGCUCCCUCCGCAGAAGCAGCAACCGCCACUCCCACUCCCGCCGCCGAAGCAGCAGCAACCACCACUCCUACUCCCGCUGCCGGUGGCUACAAAGCUCCCGCCGCCGCUGCCGGUGGCUACUAAGUCUGAGCUCACCGUACCUAACCUACUACGUACACUACUACUGCACGUACGUAUGCACAUACGUACGUACGUGACUGUGGGUCUGUGGCGGCCCGCGAUUGUGAUCGAUAAUCAUCAAUUCUUGCGUCCAUGCAUGCAUGGCUUAUUAAUUAAUUAUUAAUUGCGUACAGUAAUUUGUUUCGGAGAGAGACAUCGAUAAUCAUCUGUAAAGCAUAUAUAUGGAUGAGCAUGAUAUAUAUAUAUAUAUAUAUAGGAAAAUGGGUUGGUACUCCUAGGAGUACAUAUAUACUAAUAUA